AGUCAACUGUGACAGUGACGUGACAACAUAACCUUUUUUUGCGGAUGCUUGUGUUGUUUUCGUUUUGUGUCCAUCUAUUUAGUGAAUUGUGACCUUUUUAAGUUAAAAACUACACUAUGCCACCCAAAAAGGUCCAAGAACCAGAGAGGAAACCGAUGAUCGGUCGUGUGGGCACCAAUUUGAAAGUUGGCAUCGUUGGAGUACCGAACGUUGGAAAAUCGACGUUUUUCAACGUGCUGACCAAGAGUUCCGCUGCAGCGGAGAAUUUUCCUUUCUGCACCAUCGACCCUAAUGAAAGUAGGGUACCAGUACCGGACGCCCGAUUUGACUACUUAUGCGAGUACUUCAAGCCUGCAAGUAAAGUUCCGGCUUUUCUCACCGUAGUAGACAUCGCCGGUCUAGUAAAAGGAGCCUCGGAGGGUCAAGGGCUGGGAAACGCCUUUUUGUCCCACAUAAGCGCCUGUGAUGCCCUCUUCCACCUUUGCCGUGCAUUUGAGGAUGACGAUGUGACGCACGUGGAAGGCGAAGUGAACCCCGUCAGAGACUUGGACAUUAUUUCGGAAGAGUUGCGUUUGAAAGACGAGGAAAACUUGAUGAAAAACUUGGAAAAACUCGAGAGAACGGUAGGAAGGGGGGCGGACAAGAAACUGAAGCCGGAAUACGACACAUUACUAAAAAUCAAAUCGAUCCUGGUCGACGAGAAAAAGCACAUCAGAUUCGCCGACUGGGACGCUAAAGACAUCGAAAUAUUAAACAAGUACCUGUUUCUGACCUCAAAACCUUGCAUAUAUCUAGUCAAUCUGUCAGAAAAGGACUACAUCAAGAAGAAAAACAAGUGGUUAAUCAAAAUCAAGGAGUGGGUCGACAAGAACGAUCCCGGGGCAUUAAUCAUCCCAUUUUCGGGUGCUUUUGAGCAUAAACUCGUCGAGGAGGAUGUCGUCCCGAAGGAAGGAGAUCCCACUAGUGCAUUAGACAAAAUAAUCGUGCAGGGAUACAAGGCGUUACAGCUCGAGUACUUCUUCACCGCUGGAGCUGACGAAGUCAAGGCGUGGACUAUCCAGAAAGGCACCAAAGCGCCCCAAGCGGCCGGUCGAAUUCACACCAAUUUCGAGAAGGGGUUCAUCAUGGCCGAAGUGAUGAAGUUCCAAGAUUUCAAAGAAGAGGGCUCUGAGGCGGCCUGUAAAGCGGCGGGAAAGUAUAGGCAGCAAGGUCGUAAUUACGUUGUGGAAGACGGCGACAUAAUUUUCUUCAAAUUUAACGCCGGGGCCGGACUAAAGGACGCGAAGAAGAAAUGAUCUUCGCUUUUUUUAACCGUUUGCAUUAUGGUUUACUUGUACGUCAAUAUGAUUUUUUUUUAUUCGAGCAUGAACUGUUGAUUUUUUGCUUUCUUCUUUGAUUUGUACCUAUAGUAAAUAAAUUGGUUAUUAAAUA